AAGCUCUGGCCACUCCCUCAGCCAACCAAGAUUUUCUUUUUUUAUCCCUUUAUCUCCUCCUACUCUAGUUUCCUUGUUCUCUCAAACCCUCGCGCUCACUCGCUCGCCCUGGCUUUUGUGUGAGCGCUGCCGAGAAAGAAUGCACAGCGUGUAAGACAGGAGAGACAGACGGGACGGCGCAGCAGGUUCGCAGAGACGUGGCUAGUCGGAUCUAAUACAUUGGAGACGUGAGGUGCUGGACAGGCAGCCGUGAAGAACGCAGACGUACACACGCGAGGACAGAAUGGAAGACAGCCCGACAGGUUUAGCUCCUGUCUGUAACUCCGCGGCCGUGCUGAACCACCACUGCACUGAUGACAGUAUUUCGGCAGCGAGCACGUCAGACGUGCAGGACCGCCUUUCGUCUCUGGAGCUGCGGGUUCAGCAGCAGGAUGAUGAGCUGACGGUGAUGAAGGCCGCGUUGGCCGACGUGCUCAGACGUCUGGCUCUGUCCGAGGACACGGCCGCCGCCGCCAAGAAACAGCAGAGCAGCAAAGGUUCGGCUCAGAUGCGUGAGGCUUACUCUUUGUCCUGUAUUGCCAACGGCAGUUCCGGCGGCCGCAAAUCUCACAGAGACAGCUCAACAGUGUCUGUAGCCAGGAAAGAGACGCUGUCUUCUGCAGCCAAGAGUGGUAGCGGCGAGCGGAAAAAAGACAAGCCUCAGAUGGAGGAAAUCAAGGAGAAAGAAGAGCCGCCACAGGCUAAUGAUAAAGCCCCCUCAGCACCCAGCACCCCUCAGGCACCGUCCCCUUCUAGCAACCCCCCCUCCCCUCACCCCCCACAGCCCCAAAGACAAGCCUCGGAGAACAAGGGGUCAACCCCGGCCAAAAGGGGUAGCAGUGCGAAGCGGGGAGGGAUGGAGCGUUCUCAGAGCAGCACAUGGGACAGCGGGGAGGACAACAGGAACAAGCUGGUGAAAGCCGCCUCCACUUCCAAACUGCUGGCCAAAGUUGUGAAGAACGCAGACAAACACAGAGAUCCAGUCAUUAGUCAAGCUAAAAUGUCAACGCGUGAAAAAAACAGCCAAGAGGGAGACUAUAUAAAAAUGUUCAUGAGAGGACGUCCGAUUACCAUGUUCAUCCCGUCAGACGUGGAGAAUUACGAAGAUGUCCGCACAGAGCUUCCCCCAGAGAGACUCAAGCUGGAGUGGGUAUAUGGCUACAGGGGGCGUGACUGCCGUGCAAACGUCUAUUUGCUUCCAACCGGUGAGAUUGUUUACUUCAUCGCCUCGGUGGUCGUGCUAUUCAACUAUGAGGAAAGAACACAGCGCCACUAUUUGGGACACACGGACUGUGUUAAAUGUUUGGCUAUUCACCCGGAUAAGAUUCGCAUCGCCACAGGACAGAUUGCAGGUGUGGAUAAGGAUGGCAGGCCGCUUCAGCCUCACGUGAGAGUGUGGGACUCUGUGAGUUUGUCCACACUUCAGAUCAUUGGUCUCGGUACCUUUGAGAGAGGAGUGGGAUCCCUCGCUUUUUCGAAAGCUGACUCAGGCGUUCACCUCAGUGUGAUUGAUGACUCAAAUGAACACAUGUUAACUGUGUGGGACUGGCAGAAAAAAUCUAAAAUUGCUGAAAUUAAGACGACUAAUGAAGUGGUUUUAGCUGUGGAGUUUCAUCCCACUGAUGCCAACACCAUAGUCACCUGUGGCAAGUCUCACAUCUUCUUCUGGACCUGGAGCGGAUCCUCACUUGCCCGCAAACAAGGCAUAUUUGGCAAAUAUGAAAAGCCAAAGUUUGUGCAGUGUUUGGCUUUCCUCAAUAACGGUGACAUUUUGACGGGAGAUUCUGGAGGAAUAAUGUUGAUAUGGACCCGAAGCACAGCCGAACCAGCACCAGGAAAAGGACCUAAAGGAGCGUUUCAGAUCACUCGUCAGAUUAAAGCUCAUGACGGCAGCGUGUUUACACUGUGUCAGAUGAGGAACGGCACUCUGCUCACAGGGGGCGGCAAAGACCACAAGAUUAUUCUGUGGGACCAUGACCUGCAUCCAGAGAGAGAAAUAGAGGUCCCAGAUCAGUAUGGAACUAUUCGUGCUGUAGCUGAGGGUAAGGGGGAGCAGUUUCUGGUGGGCACAUCACGCAACUUUAUUCUUAGAGGCACCUUCAACGAUGGAUUUCAGGUGGAGGUGCAGGGACACACAGAUGAACUGUGGGGUCUGGCCACCCACCCCUUCAAAGACCUGUUCCUCACCUGUGCUCAGGACAGACAGGUGUGUCUGUGGAGUUCAGUGGACCACACGCUGGAAUGGACCAGACUGCUGGACGAGCACGGUCACUGUGCAGACUUCCAUCCUAGUGGUUCUGUUGUCGCCAUUGGUACUCACUCAGGGAAGUGGUAUGCUCUGGAUGCAGAGACGAGAGACCUCGUGGCCAUUCACACAGAUGGCAAUGAGCAGCUGUCACUCAUGCGCUACUCUGUCGAUGGAACGCUGUUGGCGGUGGGAUCACAUGAUAAUUUCAUUUACCUCUACACGGUGUCGGAUAAGGGACGCAAGUACAGCAGAUAUGGAAAAUGCACUGGACAUUCCAGCUACAUUACACAUCUUGACUGGUCCCCUGACAACAAGUUCAUCAUGUCCAACUCAGGAGACUAUGAAAUCCUUUACUGGGACAUUCCAAAUGGUUGUAAGUUGAUUCGUAACCGCUCUGAGUGUAAGGACAUCGACUGGGCCACCUACACCUGUGUGCUGGGAUUCCACGUCUUUGGUGUUUGGCCGGAGGGCUCAGAUGGGACAGAUAUCAAUGCUUUGAUGCGAUCCCACAACAGGAAGGUGAUCGCUCUGGCUGAUGACUUCUGCAAAGUGCACCUUUUCCAUUACCCCUGCUCCAGACCCAAGGCCCCAAGCCUCAAGUACAGCGCCCACAGCAGUCACGUGACAAACGUGAGCUUCAUGCACAAUGACGCUCACCUGAUUUCAACGGGCGGCAAGGACACAAGCAUCAUGCAGUGGCGUCUAGUGGAGAAGACCUCGUCCCUGGUGCAUAGCGACUCCAGCUUGGGCCUGAGCGAUUCUCUGAUGCACAACUCUACACCUCGCAGCCUGCCGUCAAUACCCAGCAAACCCCAGACUCCUACUGAGCCUGUCCCCGUGCCCAUGUCGCUGCCCAUCAGCACCCAACCCGACACCAACACACCCCCUCCCACGCCUACCGAAUCAUUAGACACGGCCACUCCUAACGGACAGCAGGACGGCUCCCCAGAAACCCCGCCUCUUUCUGACGAGGUCACACCCCCUUCCGACAGCACCCUGAGCCCCAAGGACAGCCUAGAGCCUAGCGAUGAUACGGCCACGCCGAGUGAUGAGGGCACACCCUUUAAUCCACCUUUAUAAGAGGGUGAUGUUAUUGUAACGGUGGUCCGGCCCCUCUCUUGCCUGCUCGACACCCUGCCCACGGCACCAGCAUGUCACUGUCACCAUUCUGUUGGAGUUCAAAAGCAGGGUCUCCUCGUUUUUUUAUCUGAUCUAGUUUUUCGUUUUGUGUCUUAGUUUUGUUGACGUUAUGUUCAUUGGAUGUGGUUGCGGAGGCAUUGGUUUGGGUCGAAUGGUGAGAGGAUUGGAACGAUUUGGGAAGAUUUAGCGGACUGACACUGACACAAACACUAAUACACAUGAACAUAAAAGCACCACAAACUGUGAUUUUGUAAUAGUACAAUUAAAAAGAAGAAUUUUAGAUCAGGAAACGUAAUGUUUUAUGAUUUACCACUUUUAGAUCCAAAGACACGUGUCAUGAAUUUGAUUCUUUGCGUUCAGUUAUAAUACAAUUUAAAAGGGAUAGUUCACCCAAAAAUGAGAAGUUCUGUCAUCAUUUACUCACCCUCUUUUCAUUUCAAACCUGUAUGUCUUUCAUUCUUCUGCAGAACACAAAAGAAGAUGUUUUGAAGAUUGUUGGUAACCGAACAAAGGCUGUACCCAUUGACGUGCAUUGGGGUUUUUUUGUCCAUACAAUAGAAGUGAAUGAGUACCGCUGUUGUUCGGUAGGUUUGAAAUGACCAGAUGGUGAGUAAAUGAUGACAGAAUUUGUCAUUUUUGGGUGAACCAUCCCUUUAAUGUACUAGAAUGUACUCAAAAUUUUGCAAUGUAAUUUGGUCAAUUCCAAUCCCCAUUUGUAUAGCGUUUCAAUUCAGGACGAGUGAUAGAAUUUGGGUGACCUUGAAAAAUCAGUUUUUCUUAUUCUCUCACCCUUUAUUAAAAUUGGUGGUAGAUUGGGUUUAAAUUGGUCUGAAUCGUAUUAAAUAGCUCUCGGAACCCAAAACAACAAGAUCAGGACAUUUGCACACAGGUUAAUGACCCCGCCAACCCUGGUCAGGCCAAAGGACCUCUUUCAUCCCAUGAGCUGCUUCAGCAAAUCGAAACAGCCAUCUUGAAUUUCAACUUGGCCUGAAAAGUGCAGGAUUACGGCCGCUUAACAGAAUAACAACAACACACUUCAUUCAACAUGACCGCAGCUUAACCCAAACAAGCUCAAACACAUAUGCAUGGCGACAGCCUGCCCGUAUUACAAAGCUCUCAUAUUUCUUUCUCAAAUGAUACAAAAAAGAUCACGAAAGCCUCACCUUUCUGUCUGAAAACAUCAUGCCACCCUCACAUCUCCUGAAUUUUUCACUGUUGGACUGGAGAUCUCCGUUUUCACGCCAUCAGUUUUAACUCUUGAUUUCGAUGAUUCUGUCCUCUCACUGAGACUGAAUUGUUUUUAGCUUUCAUUGUGGGACUGUUUUUCUUGUCAUUUCGAUCAUGGACUGAGAUGUUCUUGUUUUUUUAUCCAUUGAGAGAGAACGAUUAAACAAGUCUUAAAUGUGCGCGUGAGUAUGAGUGUGUGUGUAUGUGCGCGCAAGUUGGCGCUUUUUUCAUUCCGCAGAAAACUUCUCAGGAUCGGAGCAACCGAAAUAAUAAAGCAUAAUGUUUUCCCCACUUCUUUCUUUAACGCUUACAAAAAUAGUACCAAAAAGUAAAAUUGCCAUGUUUUAUGUUGUUGUUUUUAUGUAAUUAUGGUACUGUGGUAACACCAUGGUAUCCCUUAAAAUACAUUCAGGAGACUUGACAUUGAGAGUACCUGAAUUUGCGGCAAUUCAUAUCCCAUAAUUUCUGUCUUGUAACGUCCUCAGAUCAUAUCAGAUAAAUGUUACAUUACCAUGAUUUUACCAUGUGAUACCGCCAUAGUCAUUUUGUAAAGGAUUGCUCUCCUUUUUUUGUUGUUGUUUCCCUCAACAUCGCGUGACGAGAUGGAUGUUCGACUGCCACCCAUUGAAGAUCAAACCGUAUGCGGAACAGAUUUUCUCCUCUGCUGUCCUCUACAGUAACUUAUGCCUCAGUAUCAUCAGAUGAAUCACUUCAUUUCCGACAAAAGAGCUAGACACAAGGAUAUGGCUGAAGAGUUGGGAGUUGCCUCAAGAGCUGGUUAAAGAACAGCAAAUGUUUUUGAUCAAAAAUCUAAUUUGCAAAUGAAUCGGGUCUGUUUUUCUGUAAUAAAAGUGAAAAAUGUGGUUUUCA